AUGACUUUGUUUCCUUACAAGCUUCACGAACUCUUAUCUGAGAUGCAAGCCAAUGCUCAUCUCUCAUCCAUCAUCUCAUGGAUGCCAUCUGGUAAUGCUUUCAAGAUCCAUCAGCCAGAACUCUUUGAAGCGGUUCUUCUCCAGAAGUACUUCCCCCGUCAAACCCAGAUCAACUCUUUCAAGCGUCAACUCCUUUACUACGGAUUUGACAACCUCGGCGAUUGCGUGUUUGCUCAUCCUUGCUUCUUGAAGGACAAGCGUCACCUCUGUGGACAGAUCACUCACACCAACCCCACAAAGAGCCAACGUGAGGCUAAUGCCUCAAUCCCAUCAAGACGCGUACGCGGUAAGCGUGCCAAGCAAGCCUUGCGCCAAAGCCUUGCCGACAAAGCCAAGGCGGAGAAGAACUCCAAGAAGGGAAGAACUACCCCCUGUUCUCCGGUCAACCAGCAACCAAUUGCCUCGCCUCAAGUAGGUGCUUUGCCUUUGGCACCUCCUGCGCCACUCGCAGCUCCUACCUCCCCUCUCCUCUCAGCACCUACCUCCCCUCUCCUCUCAGCACCUGUUAUGAUGAACGAUGCCCAGGCUGCAUUGUCUCUACAACAGAUGCAAAUGCUCUUGCAAGGUCACAACAUCCCCUUUUUGCCUUCUACUACUACUGCUGCUACUCCUGGUGCUGAGUUCAGCACCUUGUUAGAUGCCCUUGCGCAAAAUAAGGGUCUUCCACUUACCAACAUGUUCACAAUGAGCUACAGCAAAGCUGGACUACACGAAACAUCUACGAGACAUGCCAUGCCCCAACCAUACGGAGCAAUGAGUAGUUCUAGAGUGGGACCCCCCAGUGCAUGA